AUGAGGCAGCGGCCCCGUCUGGCGUUCCCAGGCCACCCCAGUGCUGGGGGAGUUGCAGGUGGUGGGGUCACCUUGGAGGGGGUACAGCCCGUUCACAUCGGCUCUGCUUCCCUCUCUCCCCACCCCCACGGGCUGGCUUGGCUGAGCCCGACGCUUCUCAAGGUGAGGAGGGCGUCCUUGAAGGCUCUGGCCGCCCCACACCAAGGAGCUUUCAGGGCAGGAAAUGUGAUCGGGCAGCUGAUUUAUCUCCUUACCUGGUCUUUGUUCACAGCCUGGCUCCGGCCCCUCACCCUGCUGCAGGGCCCGAGGAUGUCUCCCCAGGGGUCCCCACCUCGGCCUCCUUGGGGGGACUAUGCUGAGCCCAGCUGCCUCUGUGAGAUGAAGAUAAGAAGAAGACAUGAAGGGCCUGCCUGGGGGCAGUCUGGCUUUCUCGCAGAGGGGCUGCACCUGGCUCCCUCCUCCCUCUCACCAGCAGCCUGUGGGGUGGUGAGGAUGAAGGGGCUGUGGGGCCGGGGUGCAGGGAUUAGGAGGAGGUGACUCCCAUCUCUUCUUCCUCAUCGUGUUUUUCACCUCUUAAGUCAACUUUGGUUUCUCGGACUCAGAGUUCUCUCCUGACGGCAGCGGGG